AUGGAGCGCAAUUGUCGCAUCAGAAGCGGACUUCUUCAAUGUGCUGGUGCUGUACUGGGCAGAGGGAUCUUUGCCUCUCGAGCUACAGUCACCAUCUUCCUUGCAGUCUGCCUAUCUGUCUUCCUACUCCCAACAGGCGCAUCUUUCUUUACCAACUGGGGCAUCAUUGCCUUCACCAAUUGGCGCUUCCAUUGUGCGCCCAAGGCCCAAAAAGAUAUACUAUUCAGCGAGACAUAUGGGUGGAAGUCAACAUUCUGGUCCUCGACUCCAGCCUGGCUCAUGUUGGUUUCCCUCAUGUUGCUGGUCUGUUGUCUUGAAUGCGGUGUGAAGCCUGUUGAUGGCCUCACAUUUACCGCGGAGAACUUUCUCCAGUACACACUCGGGCUCUGGGUAAUCACCGGCUACGGACCUUGGGGGGCAGAGGAAAUCAUGGUUCUUGACCGUUACUAUGAGCAGCCCCGGUGGAGGCGUCUUACGUCUAAUAGUCUAGGACCUAGGUAA